UGUUGAUGUUCAUAAAUACAGAUUACUGUUAGGGACUUGCUGCUCAUGAUUGGGCACAUAACGAGCUCAGUAUUGGAGGAGGUAAAUAGCAUCCUGAUCCCUGCCUUGGUUGACCUUAUAAGGGUGAGAGCUUCAGAAAGUGCUGCAGAGAAUAUGCUCCCCAUCAGCAAAGACACCAACGAAGAUUCAACCCAGGGCUCUGUCAGCUGUACCUCCCUACUCUCCAAAGUCAAUGCGAUCUGUCUCACUCAGAGUCCUGACAGUAGGUCCUCCCCAAUCUCCAUUGAUGAACCAGUCACUGCUGUCCAGACCUAUUGUAGCAGCAGUUCUCUGUCCAGUGAGGAACGAGCACACUCUUUCUCCAGUCAGAUCUCCACUAAGAACCUCCUGGCUGAUUGGCCACGUUCUGCCAAUCCACCAUCUGCUAAACCACCACCUGCUGAACCACAAUCUGCUAAACCACCUACUGCCACUGACUACUCUGGAACCUUAUCUGCUGUGGUAGGUCGUGGGCAUGUCAUCCCUGUCAAACUGACCGUGGCCCCUUUCUCCUCCUUAAUCUCCAGUGACGAGACCAACACCAACCUCUCCUCCAGCAGCCUCCCCUCCUCGUGCUCCAUCAAGCUUUCAGACAGUAGGAGUGUAAUUCCUUGCUCCCUGACUGUAAGCUCCAUUUCAAAUGUUCUUGGACCUGACUCUAGCAGCAGCCCUGUGCGGGAGAAUAAAUUUGCUACUGAGGUCUCGUCGAUCUGCCUCAGCCAAGAUAGAAAUGGCCAAGGAGGGAGUGUGACACCACCAGCCCCUUUGGAUGUUUCCCUCCCCUCCAUUAUUGAGCGGGCUGGUGGACUUGUAUGUUCCGUCAUCUCCCAGUCUUUAGCAAUUGUGGAGGCGCGGUCAAGUGUGAAUGGUGAGGAGGGCUCUCCAUCUCCCACCACAGUCUCCCAUUCUCCUACAAGGGUGUUUGUCAGCCACUUAAGGAGUAGCCCACUAGGUGAGGACCUUGUAGAUUCAACACUUGCGGAUGUAAUCUCUGUCCUGAAAAUGGAGGGAAUUCUUUCCUCCUCUCUGACUUUGGAGGAGGAGCUGCUUGAUCUCUCCUCCAGUUGUUCUUCGUCAUCAAGCGAAACACUACAAUGUGUGUCUGUUGGCCCUCUUGGCAGUGGGUCGGAGACGUCCUUCAAACUUCUUGGGGGUCGUACUCUGAGUAUCGCCACCCCAACGGCCCAUGUUACCACAGAGGACUUAGAAGUCUACAGUGAUGAGAUCAUUGAUGAAAUCCUUAUUAUAAUGAGGACCAAAAAAGAUGAUGACAGUGGAAGUGACGUCUCUGGUGCAUCAACACCAUGCAACACACCAGCACCACAGAGCCGGUCCUCUUCUGCACUGAGGGGAGUGCUUCCCCAUGACAGGAGGAUACUCAGCACAACACUGCUUGGAAUCCAGAACACACUAGACAGUGAGAACCUCUCAGGAGAGUGUUCCACCUCACCACAGGACAAUGCCAGAGUCCUGGAGAUGAUAAAGUUGCUGCAGAGGCGCCUUGAGGGGACACCCUCAGAGUCCUCCAGCCAUAUCACAGAUGUGGCUUCACCCUUGGGCUUUCCUCUCCCUGUAUCUCUCUAUGCUGUUCAGUCGAGUGUAUUUACCACUGACAAAGACCUGAAGGCAGAAAGAGUGAAGGGAGUCUUUGAAAGCCUGAGAUCCCAGUUUAUGAGCUACUCCAUCAAGCCUGUGAGUAACAUCAUUACCAGGGCAACAACAAAGAUGGCUGCCUCCAAUCAGGUUAGUUCAGAGACACUCCAGGCAGCAUCAGCAAAAUCAUCUGCUGUGGCUCAGAACCUUAUUAGUUUGGUUUUAUUUAAAGUUGCCAAGGUGUCCUGCUCUGAUGACUUAGAGGGUCUGGGUGAUCAUCUCAGAUGCCCCUCAACUUUGACCAGAGUUUUGACACCUUUGACCUCUGAGAAAGUUACACUGACACCUGCUGUUCUGAAGAUCAGAAGGGAGAUGUCUAAGGAAGUGGCCACCGAACUCCAGAGUUUCCUGAUCAAGGAAUCCCUUACUGACACCCAGACACCAUCCAAUGGACAUGUUUGCACUUCUGGUUCUGCCCCAAGGGAAGCUGUGCGGGACAUCCUGAGGAAAACCAAAGAGGAGGCUUCCAACAAAAGCCUGAAUAAUAUUUUCUCUGUAAAUUUGGAUGAGCGGCUCACAGACUCCAUUGCAGAUGCCUUAUAUCCAAAGCUGCAUGACAGAUUGGAGUCCAAGAGAGAGCUGCAGGCUUCUUAUUACAGCUCCCAGAUAAGCUGUAGCCUCAGCCCCUUCAAAGUUGAGAGCAGCCUAGAGCUCCAGGAGUUCACUGACCCACUAUCUGAGUCAGUAUUGUGUCUCCUGGAUAGGACAUUUGGAGAUAAAGCUCAGAACUUAAAGACAGGUGGGGGUGUUUUACAAUAUGUCACAGACCCAACCUAUAAGAAGCUUUUGAUUGGACCCCACACCAACGACGUCAAUGUGGUUAUGCACACGAUUGCAGUGGAGGAGUUGCCUGUUGAGGGUUGUAUUGCACAAAGUGAGGCCAAUCAUGGCCUUCACAAGAAGCAAGAGUUACCUUCCAGCACCAGUGGCAGAGGGAAUGAGACCCCGAGCCCUACUAAUUGCCUACUGGAGGGUGUAGUGGGCAAACUGGUACGGAAGAUGCUAUUUCAGGGCCUUAACAUCCCUGAGGUACCCAUGAACUACAGCCGCUCUGAGAACUUUAAGCUACAGUAUGAACUGGUUGCAAAGCUUUGUCCUUUGAUGGUAAGGACAAUCAUGGCUACAACCAUAGCCAAUCAACCACCUACUAUUCAAGAAGCAGCGAUGUCUUCCGAGAACAUCCAUGUGAAAGAGCUGUGUGAGGCAGGUAUCAAACACCUCAAAGAGAACCAUGUACCCAAUGACUCUGAGACAAACAUCAUGGUCAGAGGGGCUUUGAGUGAAAUUGAAUCCUGUAUGAUUGAGACCUCCGACAAGGACUCUCCCAGUCUACAUUCCACACCAGAGGUGGUUGUAGACCUGAUCACCAAGCUGCUUCAUGGGUAUGAGCUUAACUCAGAGGACUUUGCAUCACCUGUGUCAUCCCCAACCACCACUCUCUCUGAUGUGGCAAUGGACAUGGUGGUUUCUGUCCUUCGGGACAUGUCCGAUUCCCCAGACGUUACCUCAGCAUUGGAAAUGACCAAGGAUCUCAAGACGCCGUACUCCCGCCCCUCAAGUGCAAGGAUUGUAAGUGCCCUCUGCAGAGAGCUGGAGGAGCACAUGGGCUCUCCUGAUGCUCUGAGGCGAGCUUUGAGCCGUGGCAGCGGGGAGAUGACAACAGCCAUUGCGAGUGCAGUCACCAGGGAAGUCAACCGUCUGGGUUCAAUCGUACCCAAAGUCUCUGUCAGGCCGCUCUCCUCAGACAUCUGCCUAAGGACAGACCAGGACAAGGUCAUGGUUAAGAGCCGAUGUGGCUCAGCUGAGGUGAAGGCAUCCCAACCGGUGUAUAUUAUUGUUCAUGUAGAGGCGGUGAUGGAUAUCAUUGUCCGGCUGCGGUCUCUGAUUGUUCCUCGGACCCAGGAUAAACUGGCCAGCUGGACCCUAGUUGAGGAUGUGACCAACAAGCUGUCCAGUGCUCUGUGGGUGAGGGUGACUAACAGGUGGAGGGAAGCAAAUGUCUGCCUGAAGGCAACAGACAUCUUUCAGUUGGUGCUGUCUGUGCAUAGAAAGUUGAUGCAACGCUAUGGCACAGAGGAAGCCCUACAGAAGAUACUGUGCCACAAGGCACCCAAGCUGCACAAGGACAUUGUCUGUCUUGUCACGAACGGAAUUAUGGAUGCACCAUCCAAACUUCAAGACACCAAAAAUCUGGAAUCUACACUCAACUUGAAAGAAUUGACAGCCUUGUUUAAUGAAAUGACAACCCGUCAAUCUUUGAAUAAGAAAGCUGAGCAGAGCAGCAUCAAGACUGAGAUUGAACAGCCGGAGUGGUCCACUGUGGAACAAGUGACAUCCGGUUCCACCAGCUUCAUUAGGGAGCUUAUAUUAGAAGAAGUCCUGAUGAAGCUUGUCAAGAAGAUAUGCCGUAUGCCAAAAAGGACCAACAAGCGUCAGCGCAUCCAGAUCAGUGAUCUGGUGACUGAGCUGAUCCGAUUGUUCGACGAUGAGGUGGCCAAAUAUCUGAUUGAGGAAAUGGAAAGCCAGCAAAAAAGUUUCAAUUCUAAGAUGACAUCGAAGCUGGCAGAUGCCAUCUACACUGACCUUGGGAAGGUCAAGCGUUUGAAACGCUCCUUGAAAAUUGACGAAUUAUUUGAGGAUCAGGAGAUGCUUUCCAUUGUCUCUGUCAUUGUUUCCCACAAGCUACUGGCCAUCUUGAAACCCUCAGUUUCCAACCCAUAUGACCGUGAGACCUCAGACCUUGAAGACUCAUGCAGUAAUGAUUUGGAGGAUGCGGAAUCUGAGGGGGUGCAUUAUGCCACCGGCAGAAAGUCCAACAUGAGCAUCGUCUUUAAAGACACUACAAACCAGCCAGAGAUGUACAUUGCUGUGGAUUCUCCACCUAUGAUUAAAUUUUCCAAGAUGAGGAAAGGCAUCCGGGACUUCUUCUGGGGAGUCCAGAAGGCCUGGAAACGCUUGGUCACCUGCAAGUCCUCUGGGUCCUCUGAUGGGUAGCCUGGAUGACGUGCAGCCCAUGUCAGUUGCUUUUGCCAGGCUACAUCUGAGGAGGACACCACAACUGGCCUCAAUACAACAUUUUUUAUUUUUGUUGCUAUGCUGCUAUAUUUGAACCAGGCUGUCAGUGGACUAGCUUACCAUUAGUUUAUACUCCUUAAGGAAUAUCCACUAUAGGCUACUCAACACCAAAAUUCCAUCUGGGUCUUUUGAUCCCUUUUUAGCUCCCACUCCUGUAACUAGGAAUGUGAGCUUCUAAAUGUCAUUCAGACAUCUACAGCUUCUCCUGUGAUUAGGAAGAUAAGCUAAGAAGCCCAACCAAUUGACUAGAUGUGCUGUACAUCUGAUACCCUCUCACUAUUGUAAUCAUUGAGCCACGUCCAUUGCAGCCUCUAAAUUUGAUGUAGAUAUUUAAGGCCGACAGCAGCUUCUACUCUUACGAUUAGGAAAGUGGUGCUAAACCUUUUGGGCUUUGAGGAACUAUGUAUUUUAUUUUUCAAUCACUUACAUACUUUUUAAUGGUUGUUUUAAUAAAGCAUUUGUAUUGCAGAUUUUGAUUAAUAUUGUAUCUUUCUGAAUUUUUAAUUUAUGUAUUCAUUUGAUGACAUGGGACUAAAGCGUAGUUUAUACCCUACAUACGUACACAAGAAAUAACUACAAGCAGCUACACAAAACAAACUCUACACAAGAACGCAGGAUCAGCAUUUUGUGAAGCGUUCUUGUUCACACGAAGGGUAUGAACUAGGCUUAGUCAUUUUAUGACUUCUAUAAUAAGGGUAUAUAAUGGUAUCCAUAGUGCAGUAUUAAGAUAUUCAUUAUGGAGCUUUAUAUUAUAGUAGAAAUAAUGUAAAUGAAUAAAAGUGAAUUCAUGUAUGUCAACUUGAUGGCGAUAUUUGCUUGCUCAACAAAAGCUAUAUUGGUGUUAGACGGUCUGAAGUUGCAUGACAUUCACGUAUUUAUUUCAUUGGCACGGCCUUGAAAGAGGUAGAAAAGGCCUCAAGAUGGCGACAAAUAUCUUCUAUCAGAAAAUCGAAUCAAUGUGUUUAUCACAUGCGCUGAGUCGAACAGGUGAAAUGCAUACUUACAUCUUCCUCUAACUCUGCCUUGGCAGAGAAGGGCUUGAUGAAUCAUAUACAGUAUAUUGAAUUCAUAGUUUCUUGUAUGAAAUACAACAUUGCUGUCUGCCAAAUGAAUUAGCAGUAUUAAAGCAGUGUAAUAUACACUGAGUGUACAAAACAUGAGUGCUCUUCCCAUGACAGAUGGACCAGGUGAAUCCAGGUGAAAGCUAUGAUCCUUUAUUGAUGUCACAGUGUAGAUGCUGGGUUUUGACACGCAACAGUGUCCCGUGUGUAUCAAGAAUGGUCCACCAACCAAAGGACACCCAGCCAACUUGACACAACUGUGGGAAGCAUUGGAGUCAACAUGGACCAGCAUCCCAGUGGAAUGCUUUUGACACUUUGUAGAGUCCAUGCCCCGACAAAUUGAGGCUGAUCUGAGGGGGGGAAAGGGUGCAACUAAAUAUUAGGAAGGUGUUCUUGAUGUUUUGUGCACUCAAUGCAUAUUCUUCAGGUUGUAUAUAUUUGAAGUUAUAUGAGAAUGUGAGUCUUACGGCCAGCUGCCAUAUUCUUGCAUGUAUUCUGUAUCCGGAACCGUGAAGCCUGGCAAGCGAGUUUAGUAUGAUUUGACAUAUCAUAUUUAUGCACCACAUGUUUAUGUGACUACUCUAUGUUUGCCUAACUUGGGGAGACAAAGAAAGAGGACUUAGACAUAUUGAAAAAGAGGACUUUAUCAUGGCCCAUUCAUACGAGCAGGGAAGCCCCUCUCUCAGAGGCUGAGGCGAAGAGGAGCAGUCAUAAGCCCACUCCAUGUGAGUGUCUUUACCGUAACCUCAGGCACAGUGGAACGGGGGAAACUCAUCCCUAUAAUUGUGUUGAGGAGAUCCAGACUGCAUUUCAAAUGGCACCUUAUUCACUAUACAAUAUGUUACUUUUUGAACAGGGCCCAUAGGGGUCUAGUCAAAAGUAGUGCACUGUAUAGAGUGCCAUUUGGGAUGCAGGUUCAGACUCAGACUCAACAUACUAUGUGCCCAUUACAAUCUGUGCAAAAAUCGGAAUGCAUGAUUUGUCAGCGGUAAUUGAAAAACGUGAAUAAAAUAGUAAAUAAAUCAAUAACACCACACAAAA